CAGAUGAAUGGGGUGACAUAGCGGAAUCGUUCGACCUCGAGUCUGUGAACAGCUGCUAACCUCUUUACACUGUACAUCAUCCCGCGGUGAGCUCGGCAUUGGGUUACCUUUCAUCCGAUUUCAUUUACAAUUCAAUUUGCCCUCUUUGCUCAUACAGAGGAGACGAAAAGUCGAGCAGGUCGUUUCGCCUCUGCUGGUGGGCACCCAAGGUUACACAUCCUCAAAGGGAAAAAGGAUGGACAUGGAGACAAUUAACCACAGACUAAACACCUAUAUCGACUCAUGGAUGGGCCCAAGAGAUCCCAGGGUCCGAGGUUGGCUGCUGCUGGACCACUACCCCCCAACCUUCUUGCUAACAGUCAUGUACCUGCUGAUUGUGUGGAUGGGACCCAAGUACAUGAGAAACAGGCAACCAUUCUCCUGUAGAGGUCUCAUGGUGGUGUACAACCUUGGGCUCACCAUCCUGUCCUUUUACAUGUUCUACGAGCUAGUUACGGGCAUGUGGCAGGGGGGCUACAACUUCUUCUGCCAGGAUACACAUAGUGGAGGGGAGGCUGAUAACAAGAUCGUAAAUGUUCUCUGGUGGUAUUACUUCUCCAAGCUCAUCGAGUUCAUGGACACCUUUUUCUUCAUACUACGGAAGAACAACCACCAGAUCACUUUCCUGCACGUCUACCACCACGCCAGCAUGCUCAACAUCUGGUGGUUUGUCAUGAACUGGGUGCCGUGCGGACACUCAUACUUUGGGGCUUCCCUCAACAGCUUCAUCCAUGUCUUAAUGUACUCCUACUAUGGGCUCUCAGCCAUUCCAGCCAUGCGGCCCUACCUGUGGUGGAAAAAAUACAUUACCCAGGGGCAGCUGAUCCAGUUUGUUUUAACCAUGUGUCAGACAGCCUGUGCUGUUGUCUGGCCCUGUGGGUUCCCAAUGGGGUGGCUGUAUUUCCAGAUUGGUUAUAUGGUCACUCUGAUAGUCCUUUUCUCAAACUUCUACAUACAGACCUAUCAGAAGAAGGGAGCUUCCAGAAGAAAAGAGUAUCAGAACGGCUCUGCGGCGUCCAUGAACGGCCACUCCAACGGGGUGUCGCCCGUGGAAAAUGUGACGCACAGGAAACUGAGGGCGGACUAAGGCGCCACCCUCUGUCCACCAGAAACCUUGCAGUCUGACACAUUAAUACAUAUCCGCAUAUGUUGCUAGGAAAGCCAUGUCAAAUUUCUUGCAAAGAGAUUAAAUUAAGAGAGCCUAAUAUAUCCACUGUAGACAAAAAAGCCAAAGCAAUUCUAAUCUUAAAGAGAUUCCUUUAGACAUUUUGCACAUCACAACGUGUUUAUUAUUCAUAUUGAAUUAAAGGCCAUUAGGGUUAAGGUAGAAAUAUAUUUUAAGUGAAAAAAACAUAGUGUAUAUAGGCCCUAGUGACCCUUUUUAUUUGGAACAUCUACAGUACUGUAGAAAAUAGUAUUACUGGUCAUAUUUAAAAACUUGUUUUUAAUAUGGCCAUGCUUUGUGUUUAACAAGUUUGACCUGGUCUUAAAAUGCAACUGGUCACAGUCUUAAACAGCAUGAGCUCUUGUAUGCAGUAAGUGAUACUUUGUAUUUCACAGAGCCUGCACACAAAGUACAACAAAAAUACAGUUAUUAGAUCAAUACCAGUAGAUUACUAUCAGUAUAUCUUGAUAUAUUCACCAUUAAUAUCUAUCUGAUGAUGCAUUGUUGGCUGAAUAUUGGAAUCCCUCAAGGUUUAAAGUGUUUUGUGACCGCUAAUUCUGUACUUCUAUAGCACUACCAGUAACAAUUCCAUAAAACAUUUCCAUUGGUUUCCAGUUAUGUGGACCACAAAUGCUGUCCAUAGUCUUUGGAAAAUAUAACAGGCGGGUUCCAGUAUGGAGUUCUUUUCCAUCACUGCAGCCAUGUUCUUCUGAGCAACUCCACAUUAUAAAGCCAGCAUUAACAAAGUUUACCUCCUGUCAUACCACAAUGGCUUCUGAAAAAAGCCUGAUAGUUAUUAUGGCAGUUUUAAUUAUGUAAUAAUGACUGUUGUUUCAAACUUUUUUUUUUUUGAACACUAAAAAUUUAGAUUAUGAAUGUUUACAUGAAAUGGAACGUAACUUUAUGCGCCAGUGAGAAUCAAGAAAAAAUUAAGCUUCAGUCUGUUUUAUUAGUAGUUUAAUUUUCUGUUUUAACAUUGAGCUUUUUAAGAAAUCUGAUAACAUUCUUAAUGUACAGGUUGAUAGCACUUAAUGUAUAUUGCCAAUGUAUGGACUUACACUGAUGAGAAUGUACAGAUUCUAAGAGAACACAAGUGCAAAGGUGUCUUAAUGUUGUAAAUUGUAACUUUUGACUAAAGCUUCACUCAGGAGAACUGGUUCCAAACCAAUUACUGUAAUAUCCAUGCCCAGUGCUUUGCUAAUGCAUUCAGGGUUGGAGAUAAGGCUGAAAUUAAUUCCCAGCUGUCAAAAUGACAAAAAAAAAUGAAUUGGUUUUAAAGAUGCUGAGGUAUAAAUUAAAUGUCAGAUUUAAGAGAAAACUGCUGAGUAAACUGGGUUGACAUGAAAUAGGAGUUUUGAGAAUGCAAGCAAUGGUGAUGAUGAUUGUUUUCUUUUAGUCAUACAGUUUUAGAACAGUAGAUUAUGUAUUUUGGUAGCCCCUGGUUACUGCAUUUGAUCAGUCCUUGGUUGUUUUUAAUCCUCUCUUUGCUCAUAAUUUGUAUUUUUCACACAGUGAAAACAUGAAAAGGGCUGUGAACAUGUCCUCUUGUCUUUGUACUAGAGCUUCCAUGUUCAGUGUUCAGACGCCACAUUCAGGAGCCAUUUUUUGGGGGAAGAAUGAAAUGGCCAGUCCCUUGAUAGAUCCCGUUAGCUUCAUUCUUCUCCAGCAGAUUCACCUUUCGCCAGUGCAAACUGGCAGUUUGUUUCCUGUUGUUUUAUUUGUGUUUGUGUAUGUAGAAAGCUUUUUGUGGGGGAGUAUUUAUGAGUAACACCAUUAAAAUGAUACUAAAAAU